GGACAUAACAAUGGUAAUUUUAUAUCUAUUUUUACGUGUCAUGUGUACAUGGCGUGGCUUAUUUCAUAAUGUUGCCCAUGGAGUAACGCUAGACCUUGAGCAAGAUCAGCCGCCAGCUGGAGUCGUGGUUUUGAAGGGUACAUUCACCGGUAAUGGACUAUAUCGACUGUUCUAUUCAGAUAGUGUACACAUAUCUGUAGUCACCUAUGGAAGUAACAUAGUUCCCAUUACAGACAAUAUCCCACCAGAGUCAACAGAACUAUAUGUUCAUGAAUAUCGGUGGGAUGAUAAAAUCAUAGUAGGUAUCACAAUUAACUACGGCACAAGAUCAUCGCUAUUUACUAUAUACUUUUUCAAGAUUGAGAGAGAGUACCUCAAAGUGUCUGUUACACAAAAGCGCAAGCUUGUGCCAAACUAUAUAUCAAUACCACUAGAUAUUAGCAUUCCACUUAAAUCACCAAUAAUUUCAUUUCUUGAGAAUGUUAGCAACUCCACAUUAUCCAAUUGGUACGUGGUGAAUAUCCAUGACGAAGUUGCAAAAGGGUCUAAUAAUGGUCCUAAAAUCGGCAAUGAUAGAUAUUUUAUAUCCCCGUUACUAAACGUAGAAUCAUACGAUGGUAAUGGCAGGCCCCCUAUGCUGGUAUCACAAAGCACUAAAAUACAUAUCCCACAUAACCGUGAAUACAUAGUUAUAUGCAUCGGUAAGAAUAAUGCUAUGCAACAAAAAGUAAAAAUACCUCCUAUAGUCAAUGGCAUUUUUACCCCCUUUAACAUAAUGGAAUAUAGCUACGAUUAUUCAAAAAGUAAAUUAGGGUCGGGUUUAAUUGACAUUCAAAGACUGGUUAUUGAUAUAUCAAGUCAACGUGUAGAAACGCCUGAUAUAGUUCUGUUAGCCAACUUAAAAAGAGGUAGCUGGAUAUACCAUCAAUAUGCAAUUGCCCCAAUCAGGCAUUCUGGAUACAUGUACUCAGAGGUUGUCAACUCAGAUGCUAAAUGUUUUAUAUACAGAAUAGAACCCCAAGAAGUGGUGACCCACGUAGAGGUGUUCGAGCACAUUAGAAACGUGUGGCAAUAUGUUGUAGUGAAUGUCCGAAAGUUGGGUACAAAUAAUAAGGGUGAAGCAGGUGAAACUAAACAUAUAUACAAGCGCAUAGAAUCAGAAAAUGGAAGAGUUUACUUUGACAUUAAAAGCGUCUCCUUUGUUUUAUUCUAUAAUAUGUUGUACAAAAUACGAGUUGAUGAAAACGUUUAGUAAGAACCCAAGAAUGUGGAUCUAUAAUGGUACAAAAGAA